ACCAUAUAGGCUUUCCUUGAAUUCAAAGUACUCAAAGGCAGUUAUUUACCAUUUUGAAGCCUUCAUAAACCAGUCCUUCUACCAAGAUUUUGAGAACAGUGUGUUCCAAAAGAAUGGAAGCACAAAGUUCUUAGACCCUAGACAGGAUCGCCAAGCACAGUUCUCAUCAUUUGUUGCACUUAGGAAUUUGAGCUGGAACGAGGUGCUUAGAAAGGGUACCAAGUAUUACAGUGAAGAGUUCAGCAAGUUCUGUGAUCAGAAAAUGAGUUGCAUCAUCACUUCGCUGAAUUGGACAAGGCCUUGGCCUGAACAACUCCUUCAGGCUUUCUUUGUGGCAGCAAAGUGCAUAUGGUUGCUGCAUUUGCUGGCAUUUUCUUUCAACCCUCCAUUGGGAAUUUUAAGGGUUGAAGAGAAUAGAAGCUUUGAUCCUCACUACAUGGAAGAUUUGGUUACUGAUAGACAAAGGUCACAAGGUUCUAGCAGGGUUAAGAUCAUGGUGGUGCCAGGGUUCUAUGUUCAGGAUAGGAUAUUGAGGUGUAGAGUUAUUUGCAGGCACAAAUCUGCACCCUAAAGUAAAAUAACUUGGAAAUUGGUUUAAUUUUACUGUCCAUUUUAUUUAGAUUCUCUCUUAUUUAAGUUUGUAACUAUCCAAAUGCAUGCAGAAAUAAUGAAUAAUGGUUCAAAUUGGUUACAUCUA